GUUCAUUCUCAUGGGCGUGUCCCUCUGUGUGGGCUGUGUCAACGGUUCUGUGUGCUGUUUAUGUAGAGAUCUGGCGUGAGGCUCUGCCAUGGGCCUUGGAGCUGCUCUUCUUGGACUUGUGUUUUUAAUGGAGCAGAAGAUCUGGGCACUGCGUGAGUCAGCACUUCAGCCUUCUAUCUGGGCAGUUCCAGGACCUGUGAUUUCCAUAGACAGUGAUGUGAGUAUCUACUGCUGGACACCUCCAGGGAUGGACACAGUGCGUGUAUUCCAUUCUGAGCCAGGUGGAAGAUUUCUUGAUAAUACCCCAGAGGGCACCCAGGAAGUGUCUGAAUUCCACCUGCAGAAGAUGUCACACACUGAUGCAGGGGUUUACACCUGCUUAUACUCCCAGGGAGGUGUAUGGUCACAGAUUAAAGACAAGCUGGAGCUGGUGGUGACAGGUGUUUACAAGGAGAAGCCAUCCCUUACUGUUGAUUCAGGCCCUAAGGGAUUCUCAGAAAGAAACGUGACUCUCCUCUGUCACACAAAUUCAUACUUUGAUACCUUCAUUCUCUGCCGAGGCGGAAAUGCUUCCUUUCCCCAGAACUGUUCAAGCCAGUCCCACCACACAUUCCUCAUCUUUCCUGUAAGCCCAGGGCACAGGAGGAUCUACAGAUGCUUUGGCUCUUCCAAACACAAUCCAUACAUGUGGUCACUGCCAAGUGAUCCCCUUGAGUUGUCAAUCCCAGGUAAACCUGACCACACUGUGGUUUGGGUCUCAGUUGCUGCUGUCUGCUUUCUCCUCCUCUUCGUCCUCCUCAUCUGCCUCUACUGCUAUUGGGCCAAAUGCCGGGCCACCAAUGAUGAGACCAGGAACCAAUUGAAAUAUAAGAGGUCCCGUCCAGCCGUGGAGAUGGAGGAAAAGCUUAAAUUUGGUGGCUUGGAGGGCAGUCAGCCUGAGGACUGUAAGAAGGAGGUGGACACACAGGUGUCUCCAGCAGAAGACUCACAGGGGGUGACUUAUGCCCAACUACGCCAAGAGAACUUCACAGCGAGCAUGGAUCUGCUUCCCUCCAAAGCUCUUCUGGGCACAUCUACACAGACUUGUGUCUAUGCCAGCCUCACGCUAUCCCAAGAGAAGAGUCAGAGCUAGGUGUGUAGGUGUUUCUUCAGCACAGGGUGUCUCCAUGAACGAUACUUCUCACAUUUUCCAACUCGAGCCAUCAGUACAGAGCUCCAAUGGACUCAAGUGUAGAGAAGCUUGCUAAGUGUGAAGGAAGUCCGCAGAUCGUAAACAUUGCUCAGCAAACUUCUGACCCCUUGUGAUUUGCUCACUGACCGGUGUGCCUGUCAGAUGUGUGCUGUGGAAUAAUUCUUCUGCACACUGUGUGCAUACACGUCUCUACGACUGGUUUAAGAAACAAGCAGGCUGUCUAAUAACUGAACAGGAUGAAGUUGGAUGGGAAUGCCAAUCUAAGAAUGAUGGGAUGAGGAAGGGCAUAGUCAGAAGAGUUGCCAGCCAGAUGGAGAAUGAGUAGGAUAUACAAAAUGGGGUAAAGGUAAACACCACGAGUCCUGGGGAAGUAUAUACAUAAAAAGAAAUGGAUUAAGUUGUAAGAGCUAGUUAGUAACAAGCCUGAGCUAUCAGCUGAGCGUUUAUAAACUAUAUUAAAUCUACAAGUUAUUUAUUUGGGAAGCGACUACUGGUUAUUUUGGAGUAGGCAAUCGGAACGGGGAAAACUCUGCCUACAGAUGUGUGCUUUGCUUGGGUUCAUGUUGACUUUAGUAAGAUGCAGUUUCCAUCAUCUACUGGAAGAGGCAAGCUGAGCAAUCUGGACCCCUGGUGAUGAGUGACGCAGAACACCUCAACAGUGUGAUCCUUAACCUUGGCUGUCAGGCUGAUGUGUUGUCUUUCAGAGCUGCUCCAGAGAUCUUUACUGGAAGCAGAAAGACAUACCCUGAAUAUAGGUGAUAUUAUUUUAUGGGUUGGGAGUCUUAUAUUGAAUAGAAAGGAGAAAGUAAAUGCAGCAUCGUUAUCCACUGAUUUCUCUCUGGUCCCCUGCUACGAAUGCCAAGUUACCAGCUGUGUCAUGGUCCUGUCUCUAUAACUACAGGCACUUUGUCCCCUGCAUCCCCACAUCCAUGAUGGACCAUACUUUCAAAACAAGUAAAAAUAAACCUUUGGUAAUGAUGACUUUCAAUUGUGAACUUGGUGAGAUAUAGUACCCUGGGAGACUGGCCUCUGUGCAUGUGUAUUUUAAUUAGGUUAAUUAAUUGUGGUGGGAUGACCUGCCCACUACAUUUCCUGGGUUGAGAUUCUGGACAAUAUAAAAAGGAGACAGUUAAAUGAACAAAAGUACUCAUCACUUUCUUCUUCUUAGUUGUGGGUGCAAUAUGUUAGGUACCUCAGGCACCUGCUGCCACAACUUCUUCACCUUGAUGGACUUGUAACUUUGGAUUUUCCCUCCAGUUGCAUUUUGUCAGUGUGUUUUAUCACCAAAAACAGAAAAACCACACUAAUGAAACCCUCUCUUUUUCAACUUGAUUUUUAUCACAGCCACCAGAAAAGUAGCUAAUAGAGAAGGUGAGGGGCCAGUCACCUGCUAGGGUGUUUUCAAUGAAACGUUGGGUUUCCAGGUGGUUUGCUCACAGCUUUGCCUAAGGGAACCUACGGGCA